AUGCGGUCAUCGCCGGGAACUGCACAGGGAACCGCACAUGUGGCCUCGUGGUCGCCUGUGAUCCAAACGCGGCGACUCCUAUCCCCUACGCGCUCUCCUCUUCGCCAUGCGAGGAAGCCGAUCCAAUUUGCGCCCUCGUGGCAGCAGAUGGCCCGUUCAUCUGCAGGCUCUGUGGCAUCCCUGCCUAACGGAGCUAUUUGCUUCCCUUUGCAGACAAGUGUUUCGGAGGGUAAGAUGGCCUCGCCCACCAUGUCCACCACGACGACCACGGGCAGCACGGAGGCGAGCACCCCACAGGCCGGAGGAUCGACUUUGCUGGCGAAGGGCGGACCUGCAACGCCCUCCACCAGGUCGAGUCGCGGCUCAAUGGUGCCACUCAACAUUCCCCUUGCAGCAGUGCAAACACAGCCGGGCCCACCGGUGCAGUCCGCCAGAGGUGCCGCUGUGCAGUCGCAGCGGGGGCCUGCCGCGCAGUUUAGGUCGCCGGCAUUGAGUUUCCGGGAGAUCAGGCCGCGCAGGUCAGCCUCGAUCGGGCCGCUGCGCUCGCCACUCACCUGUCCCAAGUCUCCUAUCACUUCACCUCGACCGACCCCUGCUUUGGUCCUGACGGAGGCCAUGGCACACUCGAGGUCAUUGCGAGUAGGUGUUGGCUGCAGAGGGCUGGGCACACCGUCAGUGCACAACUCGGGGCAGCUUGUGCGAAUGGCGAGCACUGCAGAGACUCGGGAAGUAGCAUCGCCCAUAUCAGCGGGCAGUGCGCAAAUGCCUGUAGCGACACCACAGGGACGUUCCACAACAGCCCUGGACAAUAUGGAGGCCGCGCUCUUGCGUCUUGUGCAAGCGGACGCGUCUCUGAAGAAGCUCGGCAUUCGGUACGUUAUCGAUGGCCGCCGCGUGCGCUUAGCCUGGGGUGCGAAAGCAGAGCUCCUGGCAAGCGAGGAAAAGCUGACGGGCCAGGAUCCCGCCAGCGGUCCCGCAGUGCCCUUGACGAGCUAUCUUCGUCAGGCCGCAGACGUCAAGGCCUCGUUGGAAGCGUCGGCGGUGUCGCGGAUCCCGCAGGAGAAGCGCCUGUCCUUCGAUGCCCCAGGGCUCACGGUUCAGGAUCGGGAAAAGGCA